ACUCUGACCCCGACAGAAACGGUGACAGCAGCGCCAUCAACAACAGUGGCCCCCAGUACUACUCAAGCAGCCUCGUUGACGGCUCCCACCGCCAUCACUGGGUGCCACAUGCAUGAUGAGGCUCAGUUCUGUUUUGCAGGAGGCGCGGAGUACGAAGUCUUGACGACUGCGACGGCCACUGGAGAGCUCCCAUCAGAGUACACUGGUUGCCAUGCUCACGGAGCUGACUUCUUUUGUAUGUCUCCUGCGGGCGGUGAAGUUCUUGCACAAGCACAAACGGCGGAUGGAGAAGAGCCUGCUGGUGGAGUCUCGGCCGAUGGAGUCAGCUGUCAUUUCCACGCGGGUGUUGAGCAUUGCGUUGACGCCAACGGGAACACAGUCGAGGGCACGUGUGAAGCCGUUGAUAGGGACUACAACAUUCCCUUGCGAAUUGGUCUUGUGUUCGCCAUUCUCGCCACGGCAUCGAUUGGAGUGUUCGGGCCGAUAUUCCUCUCGCUCGGCAGAUACAAGAAUGGUAGUAUUGUCAUGUCCGUGGUCAAGCAAUUCGGUACCGGUGUCAUCAUCUCGACUGCACUUGUGCAUCUCUUCACACACGCUGAACUCAUGUUCGCCAACCACUGCUUGGGUGGACUUAAGUAUGAAGCCACAACUGCGGCAAUUGUUAUGGCUGGUAUUGUCAUAUCUUUCGUUCCUGAGUACGUUGGAGCCAGAAUCUUCCUUUGGCGACUGUCGAAACAUAGCGUUCCUGCAUCAUCGACACCCGAGCAAAGUCAUGACUCAAAGGGAGCCGAGACCAAUGCAGCGUCUGUUGGCCAUCAUCUCAUCCAUUCUGGAGAUGCUCAGGAGCAGUCACCUGCUCUCCAAAAGCUCAAGGUCAACAUUAUGGAAGCAGGAAUUAUCUUCCACUCCCUGUUGAUUGGUCUUACACUUGUGGUCGCUGGUGACUCUGGGUUCAUCACUCUCUUUAUCGUGAUCGUUUUCCAUCAGAUGUUUGAAGGCCUCGCACUUGGAUCCCGUAUCAGUGAUCUCCAAAUCAGAAUGGUGGAGAAAGUUAUCAUGGCGGGAGCGUUCGCUGUUGUGACACCAGUCGGCAUGGCGAUUGGGAUUGGGGUGCUGAACCAGUUCAAUGGCAAUGAUCCAUCGACCAUCAUCGCGAUUGGUACACUGGAUGCAUUGAGCGCUGGUAUCCUACUCUAUGUAGGAUUGGUGGAGAUGCUGGCACAUGAUUGGAUGCAUGGAGAAUUGAGCAGAGCGCCGAUCAGACAUGUGGUUCCAGCGGCGGUUAGUCUGGUUGCCGGAUUGGUGCUGAUGAGUGUGCUUGGAAAAUGGGCGUAA